ACGGAACCUCCGGACAUCUCUCCAGUCCUGUUCGGUUUACACACCUGCUCCAUCCUGUGUUUCUCGGAGUCGGAACAGGGCCCAGUAAUGGCGCAUGAGGACGGCUGGCCUCUCGGGCUGGGCGCUCUAAAUGCACGAGCUGGAGCGCUCAGGGGCGUCGAUCUGUCUGGCUCGGCCUCCUUCAGCACCACCUUCACCUCCUCUCACUCCGCGUCGUCCUUGCCUUCGACGGAUUUCGACACAGAGUCGGCCUGGUCCUUGUCGCGCCGCCGCGGCGGCGGCGGCGGCGGCAUGACGCUGGCGAGCCUGAUCGGCCUCGUGGACGCCAUGGAGAGCCGGCGCCGCCCGAGCGCGAGGGCGGGCAGGAGCGGCAGGCUCAGGGCGCUGCUGCUCUCGCUCUGCCUCCGGAGCCACCUGGACAACGGCAGCGGGGCGCCGUCGCUCCGCGAGUUCCUCGAGAUGGAGAGGCGAGCCAGUGGCGCCACCAGCCAUGCCCACGGGCUCUGACUGAAGUUGAUUCACUUCGCUGGCACAAUGCAUAGCAAAUGGCAGUAGCAACGGCGCGGGAAUAAAAUUUUCCUUUUUCUAACGGGAGUGUUGUUUUUCUUUCCGAGGAUUCUGAUGAGAGUGGAUUGGUACUCCAUCAGACGUUAGUGAUUAGUGAACUGGUAUUUCUUUGUGCAGAGACCAAACAGAACGAA